ACAACAAAAAGCUGCUGCUGAUAUUGGUUCCAACUUUAGCUUGCCUACUCUCUUUGUUUCUUGUUGUGGGAGGUUUGAGUAUCGUACGCCGAAGAGUAAGGAAAACAGAGGCUAGUUCGAAAGAUGGAACCAAUGAAAACCCGUGGGCAGUAUUGAGUUUUGAUGGAGGAAUGGCCUACGAGAGCAUUAUUGAAGCUACGGAGGAGUUUGAUCCCAAAUAUUGCAUCGGUGUGGGAGGACAUGGGAGUGUUUACAAGGCCCGGUUGCAAACAGGGGAGACUGUUGCUGUAAAGAAACUUAAGGAAGCAGUGGACGUCGAAAUUGCUAGUCGAAAAGCAUUUGAAAGGGAGAUUCAUGCAUUGACCGAAACUCGGCACCGGAACAUCGUCAAGCUCUAUGGCUUUUGCUUGAGUUCUCGACAUUCAUUUUUGGUGUACGAGUUCUUGGAAUGUGGCAGCUUGAAGGAUGUAUUGAACAAUGAGGAGAGGAUAACAACAUUUGAUUGGAAGAAGAGAUUGAAUGUCGUUAAAGGUGUGGCUUACGCUUUGUGCUACAUGCACCAUGAAUGCUCUCCUCCUAUAAUUCAUCGAGACGUAUCGAGCAAGAACGUUUUACUGGAUGCAGAAUACGAAGCUCACGUCUCUGAUUUUGGCACGGCUAAGGUUCUACAAUCUUAUUCAUCCAAUUGGACUUCCUUUGCAGGCACCUUUGGAUAUGCAGCUCCAGAACUCGCAUACACAAUGGAGGUGAACCACAAAUGCGAUGUUUAUAGCUUCGGAGUGGUGACACUAGAAAUAAUCGUGGGAAGACAUCCAGGCGAUCUCAUAUCUUCUCUUGUGUCCUCAUCUUCAUCAUCCUUGCGCCAUUCAACAGCUUCUUGGCCACUGAAAGAAGUGUUAGAUCAAAGAAUUCCAUUCCCGGAAGGUGGUGUGCUCGGGGAAGUGGCUUUCGUGACAAAGAUGGCAUUUUCGUGCUCAAGGUCCAAACCAGAGCAUCGUCCAAGCAUGCAACAAGUUUCUCGAGCGAUAUCGGCACAUAACUCAAUCGUGUUAAGCGCAUCGGAGGACAUCAAAUUGGAAGAGGUAGUUGAUCCUACAUGCUUCACUUAUUGAGAUGUUUUGGUCUUUCUGUUGCAGCCUGUGCAGCAAGCUAUCUCUUGUAUUUUAUUUAUCUUAGUCAACUUCAUUAUCUAUCUUUACAAUGUAUUAUUAAUUAUUGCAAAGCACUUAAGAUUCACUGCAAUCUGCAAUUUCAACC